AUGAAAAGAGAAAGAAUAGAUGGGACACUUAUAAAGCAUCCUCCCAUGAGGAAGUACAAGGUAACAGAAGAAAAAAAUACAUUUUUUGUCAAGUCCAGCACAUUAUAUGUGAGUGCCAUCAAGCAAAUCAGUAAAAAAGUUGAAAAGUUGAAUGCGACACAGGCCAAGAACAAGGUAUUUAUAGUGAAGGGUAUGGGUAAGAGCAUACCGAAAGUUUUAAGCAUAGGAGUUUACUUCCAGUUGAAAAACUACAGGGUUGAGGUGUUCACUGGUAGCGUGAAAGUACUUGAUGAAUUUGAAAAAGAGGACGAUGACUCAAUACUUUCAAAACGUACCGUUAGCAGCGUUGAAGUCCGGAUUAUUUUAUGA